GUGAUAAGAGGUGCCAGCCUUGGCCAAAAAGACUGGCUGCACAAUAGUUCCUGCGAAUUUUGUGGCAGGCUGAGGUUUGGAAUCUCCUCAUCACCUUGCACUUUUCUCCGUGGAACUCUUGUUCUGGGUUUUCGAUUCCCUAGUGAUGAGAUUGCUACGUUUUUGAACAGAGUCAACGCGUUGACGCUGCCGUUCUUUCGUGUUCUUCAGUGUACUCAACCUUGGGUCGAGCACGAUUUGACAGCCCAACAUUAUAAUAUUUCUAGACCGUUACGUUUCACACUGAGAUCUGUUCGAAAUUCUUUCCGCUACGCUACGAGUCUACUGCUCCCCUUACAAUCCCACAUUUUCGUUCUUUCCAUACCAGUACCCAGUCACUCUGACUACAGAGCAAGCAAUGUGGUUCACAAUCCGCACGAUCACAGCGCUAUCCGCCCUAUUACCCCUCGCCCUCUCUACUUCAUCCCCGAAACGCGGACUCUGCCACGUCCCCUCAUCGGAGCACUCCACCGACGACAAAAUCUGGAUCUCCACCCCCGGCUCAGACCUAAGCUGGUACUACAACUACGGUUACGAGCCCUCAGCCGCCUACACCAACAGCAAGCUAGAAUUCGUGCCUAUGCUCUGGGGCGCCUCCGAAAAGGACGUCGGCACACCCUUCCUGGACUCUGUAACCGCGCAAAUUAAUGGAGGAUCCAAAAUCUCCUACGUCCUCGGUUUUAACGAACCCGACGGUACCACAUUCACAGGCGGAUCCAAUAUCUCUGCUGAUCUCGCAGCCUCGACGUGGAAGAAGCAGAUCGAGCCUCUGAAAAAGCUGAAUGUAUCACUAGGCGCUCCGGCGGUGACGGGCUCGCCGAAUGGGUUUACGUGGUUGGAGAAUUGGCUUAAGGCGUGUGAUGGGGGUUGUAACCCUGAUUUUAUCCCCGUGCACUGGUAUGGAAAUUUUGAGGGUAUGGCGAGCCAUAUUGGACAGGUUAUGGGGACAUAUCCGAAUAUGACUAUAUGGGUGACGGAGUGGGGAUUUCCGAACCAAGAGCUGCGGGUGACGCAGGAGUUUUAUAAUAUUAGCACGCAGUGGUUCGAUCGUAUGGAGAUUAUCACGCACUAUUCGUAUUUCGGCGCGUUUCGAUCCGAUGUCUCGAAUGUAGGGCCAAAUGCCACAAUGUUGACACAGAAAGGGGAGUUGACGGAUAUCGGUUCUUGGUAUCUGGGUGGCGUGGCGACGAAUAAUAUCCCUAAGAGUGAUGCGGGACAGAUUGCAAGAUUCGCAGGUUGGAGCCUUGUCGUUCUGGCUGCGAGUGUGUGGAUAAUGUUGUAGUAAGAAUGGCGGACAUUUAGGCGACACGAUGUCAUAGAGGAUUUGGCUUGGUAAAGGAGUUAGUGGGCUAGUACGUAUGGAGCAUCCUUGGGCAUUGAUGCUUACGGGCUAGGGGAAAGAGGCAUUGGAAUAGAUGAUGCUUCUAGGUAAGCUUUAAUUCUACUGCUACACGACAUCUGCCUCAACCAAGAGCCUUCAUUCUUAGUUCACACCCAGUCUAUUCAUAGAACAAAC